AUUAAAUUCUAAAAGUAUAUUUCGUUUUAUACUUUUUAAAAUGCAAUUAAUACCUUGUUAGUAGUAAAAGAAUUGCAUAUGUUCAUCAGUUUUAUUUUUGUCAGAUCAUUUUAUCCUCGGUUUUAUCUUACUAGCAAGGCAGAAAUGUGAAAGACAGGACUAAUAAAUAAUUUUGUGUUACACUUAUAAUAGUUUAUCUUUCAAUGACAAAGAUAAACCCAUCACCUUGUAUCGAAAAUAACAUCAAGUUUAUCCAAGAGAGAUGAUUCAGAAUAAAUCGUGGACAGAGCACGACAUAAAAAUAAUGUAUAAAGAAAAAUAACCACUAUAAAAAUAAUACAAGAAGAUUCCUAAUUCCUUUUUUAUCUAUAUAUAAAAGCAUCAUUAAGUUUACAAAAGUUAGUAGAGAUGUAUUUUAAGACAAAGCCAUUUUCAUGCUUAGCUGUAUUUAAAAUUUUAAUACUUAAAAUCGCUGUAAUAAAUGGUUUGACAAUAUCGUUUACACCUAAUAGUACUGUCACUAUCCAUAUGGAUGAUCUUUUUAAUGUAGAAUUUGUUAUUACAAAUGUUAGUGAUGCAGAAGCUCAACGUGAAUUUGCAAUAUACAGUUUAGAUACAAGCAUAGCUUCUCUUGAAAAAGAUAUAAUUUUAGUAAAUCCUCAAGUAGAUUCUAAUGGAUCGUUCAAUAUGUCUGGAAUUUUUUUAGGUACAACAGCAAUAGCCUGUAGAAAUAUAGAAACAAACGAAAGAGCUGAAGGAAGUCUGGGAGUAAUUGUUAUUCGAAAACAGAGAGUAAUCGACAGAAUAUUCACUAUAUCUGUCGCUCUUUUAGUCAGCAUAAUUUACGUUAAUUUUGGAUGUGCUAUAGAUUGGGCAGAACUCCCCUCCAUUUUGAAAAAACCAAUUGGCCCCACUAUUGGAUUUUGCGGACAAUUUAUUCUAAUGCCUUUGCUUAGCUAUGGACUGGGACAAAUUUUGUUCCCAGAUAAUGUAGAAAUGCAACUCGGAAUGUUCUUUGCUGGAGUAGCCCCAGGUGGUGGAGCUUCAAAUGUUUGGACCGUACUCUUAGAAGGAAACAUGAAUUUGUCGAUAAUAAUGACGACCAUAAGUACCAUAGCAGCAUUUGGAAUGAUGCCACUGUGGAUCUUUACUUUAGGCAGAGUAAUUUUUGACAGUGGAAAUCUAGAUGUUCCAUAUACUCAAAUUACAACGUACGUAGUUGCCUUAGUUAUCCCACUUGGUAUUGGAUUCCUUAUUCAAAGAUAUCUCAAGAGAUUUGGUAAUUUCAUGAAGAGAAUACUGAAGGGAUUUUCCACAUGUCUUAUUCUAUUUAUCAUCAUUUUUGCUAUAGUAACAAACUUGUAUUUGUUUCAACUUUUUUCAUGGAGGAUUAUCGUAGCUGGUAUGGCAUUGCCGUGGUUGGCUUAUGUAUUAGGAUUUUUGGCUGGAAAGUUAUUUAGACAACCUACACCAGAUUGUAUAACAAUUGCAGUAGAAAUUGGAAUUCAGAAUACUGGUAUAUCGAUAUUUCUACUUAGAUUCGCACUUCCACAACCACAAGCUGAUCUAACUACGAUUGCUCCAGUUUCUGUGGCUAUAUUAACACCGUUUCCACUAAUAUUUCUGUUUAUUUGUUUGAAAAUUAAGUCAAGAUUAUCGGCACGAAAUGCGAAAGUUGAUGUAGUGGCAAAUACAGAUGGCGUUGUGCCAAACAAGGACGACAUAGUGGCAAAUACAGACGACGUUGUGGCAAAUACAGAUGACAUUGUGCCAAACAAAGGUGUAGCGACAAGCAAAGAUGCGACCUUUGAGGAUUCUCUUAGAAAAGAUGUAUACUAAUAAUCUCUCAGAUCGCAAGGAUCUUACAAAUUUUAAAGUCUCAGCUGGCUGAUGAUAUUUACCUGACAUGAUAUUUACCGAGUUCAAGAAUCAGUGUGAACAAUAUGUAACAUAUUUAACUAGAAUGGAAUUUUAUUUCUUGUAUGUAUAUAUAAUAAAUAUUAUAUAGAACAAAGUAUCACAAUA